CAGACACCGCUCCACCUGCCCGAGAGCACGCAACGGUGCCGGCAGCCCAGGCGCUCCGCCGUCGCCCCCGCCUCGCAGAGCGCCCCUGUGCCGCCCGCCAGUCGUCCGCCCAGAGCCCGCCCCGACGCCGUGCUGCACGCCCGAAGCGCGCCCUCUGCCCUCGAGGGACCUGGGGCCCCGGCCGCCGUCAUGCUGCCCGUCAUCUACGCGGUCCUGGCGGGGGUGCUGCUAGUGCCGCUACUGGUGAACCUCUGCUCCCCCUACUUCUUCCAGGACGUGAGCUACUUCCUGCGGUUGGCCAGGAUGGCCCGGCAGGUGCGCAGCUAUGGGCAGCGCCGGCCGGUGCGCACCAUCCUCCACGCCUUUCUGGAGAGAGCACACCAGAGCCCGCACAAGCCGUUCCUGAUCUUCCGCGACCAGACGCUCAGCUACGUGCAGGUGGACCGACGCAGCAACCAAGUGGCGAGGGCGCUGCGCGACCGCCUCGGCCUCCGGCAGGGAGAGUGCGUGGCGAUAUUCCUGGGCAACGAACCGGCCUACGUAUGGCUGUGGCUGGGGCUGGCCAAGCUGGGCUGUGCCAUGGCGUGCCUCAACUGUAACAUCCGCGGCAAGUCCCUGCUGCACUGCUUCCAGUGCUGCGGGGCGAAGGUGCUCCUGGCCUCGCCAGACAAAGUGGAUGAAGUGUCAACUGAAUCCAUCCCAGAGUCCUGGAGGUCGGAAGUGACCUUUUCCACUCCUGCCGUAUACAUUUAUACUUCUGGAACCACAGGUCUCCCGAAAGCUGCAAUGAUCAAUCAUCUUCGCACUUGGUAUGGAGCCAACCUUGCUGCUACCAGCGGGAUAACGGAGAAUGACGUAGUCUAUACCACCCUACCCUUGUACCACAGUGCUGCGCUUUUGGUUGGCUUACAUGGAUGUAUCCUGACUGGUGCUACUGUUGUUUUGCGGUCCAAAUUUUCAGCCAGUCAGUUUUGGGAUGACUGCAGAAAAUAUAACGUCACUGUCAUUCAGUAUAUCGGUGAACUGCUUCGGUAUUUAUGCAACUCUCCCCAGAAACCAAACGAUCGUGACCAUAAAGUGAGAAUGGCAUUGGGAAAUGGCUUGCGAGGAGAUGUGUGGAGAGAAUUCAUCAAGAGAUUUGGGGACAUUCACAUUUAUGAGUUCUAUGCUUCCACUGAAGGCAAUAUCGGAUUUAUGAAUUACACGAGAAAAGUCGGUGCUGUUGGAAGAGUAAACUACCUACUGAGAAAAGUCAUAACUUAUGAGCUGAUUAAAUAUGAUGUGGAGAAAGAUGAACCCGUUCGAGAUGGAAAUGGAUAUUGCAUCAAAGUUCCCAAAGGUGAAGUUGGACUCCUGGUUUGCAGAAUCACACAACUCACACCAUUUAGUGGCUAUGCUGGAGGAAAGUCUCAGACAGAGAAGAAAAAACUGAGAGAUGUCUUUAAGAAAGGAGACCUCUAUUUCAACAGUGGAGAUCUCUUAAUGAUGGACCACGAAAAUUUUAUCUACUUCCACGACAGAGUUGGAGAUACAUUCCGGUGGAAAGGGGAAAAUGUGGCCACCACUGAAGUUGCUGACAUAGUAGGACUGGUUGAUUUUGUCCAAGAAGUGAAUGUUUAUGGCGUGUCUGUGCCAGGUCACGAGGGUCGAAUUGGCAUGGCUUCCAUCAAGAUGAAGGAAGACCAUGAAUUUGAUGGAAGGAAACUCUUUAAGCAUGUGGCCGAUUACCUGCCCAAUUACGCAAGGCCCCGGUUUCUAAGAAUACAGGACACCAUUGAGAUCACUGGAACUUUUAAACACCGAAAAGUGACCCUCAUGGAAGAGGGCUUUAACCCUGCAGUUAUCAAAGAUGCCUUGUAUUUCUUGGAUGACAAAGCAGAAAUGUAUGUGCCGAUGACUGAGCACAUUUACAACGCCAUUAAUGAUAAAACUCUGAAACUCUGAAUAUUACCAGGAGGAUAACUCAGUGUAUUUCUAGAAAGAAACUGAAUGGACCUAGUACAGCCACUUGAUAUAAUCCCACUUUAAUUUGAUUGAAGAUUGUGCAGUGCAAUUUUUUUAUGCAUACCAGUAAGGAGAGACUUUUUAAAAUUACACCCGAACCUUUGCAAGUGAAAAGACUUAUAUGUAAUUCUUUUUCAAUUUGCACCUACUGUUUGUAUUUGCAAACUAAGCUUGUUAGAGGGAGGAUGUUAUUUUUUAAAAUAUGUAAUAAAAUAGAUGAACACCAACAUAUG